AUGUCUGAUGACGAUUUCAUGCAAGAGUCCGAUGAGGACUACGACUUCGAGUACGAGGAUGAUGAGGAUGAAGAUUCCGGCGAUGUCGACAUCGAGAACAAGUACUACAACGCCAAGCAGAUCAAGCAGAGCGAUCCCGACGAUGCCAUUUCCGAAUUCCUAGCCAUUCCGGGUCUAGAGGAAACGAAGGGUGAAUGGGGAUUCAAAGGGCUCAAACAGGCGAUCAAGUUGGAGUUUUUACAUGCGAAAUACGACAAGGUUGUCGAGCAUUAUGCGGAGCUUUUAACCUACGUCAAGUCGGCAGUUACGAGGAACUAUUCGGAGAAGUCCAUAAACAACAUGCUUGACUUCAUCGAGAAGGGCUCGCAAGACGACGAGUCUGCCAAGUGCGUCGAACAGGUGUACUCGCUCACACUCGAAAGCUUCCAGAACUCCAACAACGAACGUUUAUGGCUCAAGACAAACAUCAAGCUUGCGAAGCUGCUUCUUGACCGGAAAGACUACGCCGCCGUUGCCAAAAAGGUCAAGGAACUGCACAAAGCAUGCCAGCGCGAGGACGGAUCCGACGACCCCAGCAAGGGCACGUACUCGCUCGAAAUCUACGCGUUGGAGAUUCAGAUGCACGCGGCUACCAAGAACAACAAGCAACUCAAGCGGCUUUACGAGAGAGCGCUUAAGGUGCGCUCGGCCGUGCCGCAUCCCAAGAUCAUGGGUAUCAUCCGGGAGUGCGGAGGAAAGAUGCACAUGAGCGAGGAGAACUGGGACGAGGCGCAAAAGGACUUUUUCGAAUCUUUCCGCAAUUAUGACGAGGCUGGUUCGCUGCAGAGGAUCCAAGUCCUCAAAUAUCUACUCCUAACGACCAUGCUGAUGAAGUCCAACAUCAAUCCUUUCGACUCUCAGGAGACCAAGCCGUACAAGUCUGAUCCUCGCGUUGCGGCGAUGACCAAGCUCGUUGAGGCUUACCAGCAAGACGACAUCCACCGCUACCAAGCCGUCCUCCGCGAGAGCCAGGACCUCCUCUCCGACCCCUUUAUCGCCGAGAACAUCGACGAGGUCACGCGUAACAUGCGGACAAAGGGUCUCAUGAAGAUUAUCACCCCCUUCGACCGCGUCACUCUACAAUGGCUCGCCAACCGCCUCAAGAUUUCCGAGGAAGACGUCGAGGAUAUCCUCGGAUUCCUCAUCGCGGACGGCAAGCUCGACGCCAGGAUCGACCAGCAGCAGCGCACGGUCAAGUUCCUGUCACGUCCGGACGCUUCGCGGCUCAAGUCUCUGCAGGAGAUGGCUAAUGCCGUGACUCAGCUGUCGAACGCGGUUCACAAGGAUAAUAGCAGUAGCCAACGCUACGAUUUGAGGGAGAACAAGAAUUCUACACCGAACACGAAGAGGAGUUACCGAUCCGACCGGGAAAGCGUCGUCCCUUCGCAGCCAAAGUUCCUGGGAUGA